GUCAUCGAAGGAAGGAGCGUGAGAUAAAACUUUCAUUAUAUUGUUAAGAGGCAACUUAUUAAUUUUAUUACUUUUAAAUUCUUUGAAGUGCCUAUUUCAAUACUACACAAUGAUGGACAAUUCUGCAAGCAAUGAACAGCGUCUGAGGGAACUAAAUGUAAAAAGAAUUUCCAUUAAAGGUCAAAUCACUAAAUUUAGAAAUUACUUGAGUUCUUUUGUGAUUAAGCCCGAGUUGCUUAAUAUUCAGAUGGCUGAAUUAAAGUUGAAGCUUGCAAAGUUCGAAGCAUUGUCAGUUAGGUAUGAUGACUUGCAAAAUGAGAUUGAGGUUCUCAAUUCAGAAAAUAUUCAAUUAGAAAUUGAUGAGCGUGAUAACGUUGAACGAGACAUUGUAGCAAAUAUUGUAGCGGCAAAAACUAAAAUUGAAUCCCAUUCUGUAAAACAAGAAAGCAAUUGUUCAAGCAAUAAUAGUUCAUGUCAUCACGAUCUUCAAGAUGUGGGUUUAAAGUUACCUCAAAUACAAAUUUCUAAAUUCGACGGCGCAUAUUUCCGCUGGUUAGAGUUUCGCGACACUUACGAAAAUUUGAUUCAUAACAGCAAUCGCAUUACGCCUAUUCAUAAAUUCCAUUACCUGAUAUCAUAUCUAGAAGGCGAUGCUGCUAGAAUAGUUUCUAAUCUGGAGGUGUCGUCGGCAAACUACGCAGAAGCGUGGAAGUUGCUGUGUAGUCGUUACGAUAAUAAACGAGUCUUGAUCAAUCACCACCUGAACUCACUUUUCAAUGUAAAGCCGCUUCCACGUGAAUCCGAAAGGUCGUUGCGAUUUCUAGUUGACCAUGUUACUAAAAACUUAAGGGCAUUAGAUAGCCUGGGUCAACCAACAGACAAAUGGGACGUUUUAAUAAUAUUCAUGCUUUCUUCCAAAUUAGAUAGCGUCACUCUUAUAAAAUGGGAAGAACAUUGUAAUUCAUUAGAGGGCGAUGUACCAACAUUAGAACAGUUCAAAAGGUUUUUAAUAGAUCGAGCUGAUGUACUCGAGUCUCUAAAUCGCAAUAAUAAUAAACAAGAAAAUAAUACUAUUAAAAACUUGCCAUCUAAUACGUCUCGUAAUAAUUACGUUUUACCAAGUAAUCAAAGGCAGGGUCAUACACCUUUUACAAGGUCAUUUGCGAGCACUAACAAAACAUUUUACAAACCAAACGCUACCUACAUGUGCAUAAUUUGUAACGAUAAUCAUAAAAUUUAUGACUGUCUAGUAUUUAAGUCAAAAGGAAUUGAGGAGCGUUUGGCUGAUGUAGCAAAAUAUAAACUAUGUAUGAAUUGUUUACGACAAGGUCAUUUCGCAAGCGACUGCCGUAUGGGUCCAUGUCGCGAUUGUAAAAAGAAGCACAACAGUUUGCUGCAUAAUCACUUAGAAGUCAGUAAUAACAAUGCAAGUCUCGAUGCCGAAAACGAGUCCAUUGUUAACUUUUGUAAUCAAAAUCCAGGACAAAUACUUUUAUCUACCGCUUUAAUUGAAGUUUCGAAUCCAGUAAUUAGUCAAAAGGUUCAGGUUCGUGCUUUAUUGGACUGUGGAAGUCAAUCAUCUUUUAUCAGCAAAACUCUAAAGGACAAAUUAGCACUCAAAUCCAAUCCGAUUGACACACUAAAGGUCAUCGGCAUUGGUAACAAUUGUUCAAUCAAAGCAGUGGAGAGUUGUAAUCCACAAAUAAAUUCUCUAAAUAGUCAAUUCAAAAUAGCAUUGUCAUGUUUUGUUCUAAAUGAAUUAACUGGUUACUUACCAAAAAGUAAAGUUAAUCUACAUGAUCUAAAUUUGCCUAAAGAUAUUCAAUUAGCCGAUCCCAAUUUUCAUCAGCCAGCACCGAUUGAUGUUCUCAUAGGGGCUGAUAUAUUCUGGGACAUAUUGGGGAACGAACAACGUUCUCUCGGUGAAAACAAACCAAAGUUAAGAAGCUCUAAAUUUGGCUGGAUAGUGUCCGGUCCUACAAACAUAAAUAAUUCAAAUCAAAAAAUUCAUUGUAAUCAUGCACUUAUAUCUAAAUCUACUCAAAAUGAAAUCGAUAAUAAUCUCACUAAAUUCUGGGACCUAGAGGAGGUACCCAGCAAACCAAUAUUAAGCGAAAAUGAUAAAGCUUGCGAAAAACAUUUUUUAACUCACACUACAAGAGACGAAUCAGGCAGGUUCAAUGUAAAAUUGCCCCUGAUUGACACUCCAGAUUGCUUAGGCGAUACCUAUAAAUUAGCUAAUAAACGAUUCAUGAACUUAGAAAAAAGAUUCAAACGAAAUCCAACUUUAAAAUCGGAAUACGCAAAAUUCAUUAAUGAAUAUGGUGACCUAAAUCAUCUGUCUUUAUCUACAAUAAAUAAACCGGAAACUUCAUACUUCUUAUGUCAUCACGCCGUACUAAAAGAAGACAGUGAGUCAACUAAGCUUCGCGUCGUGUUUGACGGUUCCGCUCAGUCCUCCUCCGGCUAUUCGCUGAACGACAUACUAAUGGUGGGCCCAAAUGUUCAAGAUUCGCUUUUCUCCAUAUUAAUUCGUGCCAGACAAUAUAAAUAUUUGUUAACCGGUGACAUCGAGAAGAUGUACCGUCAGGUUUCAGUUUGCGAAGAAGAUCGCGAUUUACAACUAAUUUUAUGGAGGGAAGACGAGUCGCAGCCCAUUCGUACACUAAAAUUAAAUACUCUCACUUACGGAACUGCAAGCGCGAGUUAUUUAAGUACACGUUGUUUAUGGCAGUUAGGUGAGGAGCACACUGACGGACUAAUUAAAAAUAUUAUACAAAAAGACUUUUAUGUCGAUGACCUCAUCACUGGUGCCAAUGAUGAACAUCAGUUGCGUUAUAUACAAAAUUCAAUAUCAAAGGCCUUACAAGCCGGUUGUUUUAACUUACGAAAAUAUAAGUCUAACUUACCCAAUUUAUUUAAAAAUAUACAAACAGAACAAACACAAGAUAAAUUAACAAUCAGUGAGUCAUCAAGUACACUUGGUCUUGGGUGGAGUCCAUCUACGGACACUUUCCACUUUCCAAUAAAAACAUUUUCUACAGAUAAAAAUAAUAUAAAUAAAAGGUUCAUUAUGUCUAAUUCAUUUAAAAUAUUCGACCCGUUAGGUCUGUUAAGUCCAGUUGUGAUACAACCAAAAAUUAUCUUACAAAGGCUUUGGCAACAAAAAAUUGACUGGGAUGAACCCGUCUCCCAAGCAAUAAAAGAAGAUUGGGAAAAAUUCUCAAAUAAUUUAAUCUGUCUUAAUAACUUACAUGUAUCAAGAAUUGUAGUGUGCGACGCACCUAAACUGAUAGAAAUGCAUUCAUUUAGCGAUGCGUCUCAAUGUGCGUACGGAGCAUGCAUUUACAUGCGCACGGUCAAUUAUAAUGAUGACGUCACGGUCAGGUUGCUGUGCGCUAAAUCGAAAGUUUCACCUAUUAAACCCACUACUAUGCCGCGAUUAGAAUUGUGUGCUGCUUUGCUCGCAGCCAGACUGAGCAAGUCUGUAUUGGAUUCUCUUCGGUAUAGGCCGGGACGCAUUGUUCACUGGUGUGACUCAAGCAUAGUGCUUGCAUGGAUUAAUAAUGAUUUAAAACUAAAUAAAUUGAAGUCUUUCGUUGCUAAUCGCAUUAGCGAAAUAUUGGAAAACACCGAGCAAUCGUCAUGGCGGUAUGUGCCUACCGCGUCCAAUCCCGCGGACCUCAUCUCCAGGGGGGUAGACGCGUGCAAUUUGGUGCCGAUGGAUUUGUGGUGGUACGGACCUGAUUUUUUACAGCAAAAUGAAGUUGCAUGGCCAGUUCUAAAGCAAAAUAAGUGCGAUAAUUUACCUGAAAUAAAAUCAAAUCCAGCUAUCAUUACUGAACCGUUAAUUAAUUUCGAAAGAUACUCGUCAUUAAAUAAACUACAAAGAUUAUUUGCCUACGUUAAAAGAUUUUUAUAUAAUUUAAGAAACCCUAAAACGAAACGUUUAGGUCCAUUGUCAGUUGAAGACUUGACUGAGUCUUUCAACUCGCUUUGCGUGAUGGCUCAGCGUCAAUCAUUUCCCGUUGAGUAUGACUUGUUAUCCAAAGACAAACCAUUGAACACUAAAUGUAAAAUAUUAUCAUUAUCACCUUUUUUAGAUAAAUCCAAUUUGAUUCGUGUUGGUGGUAGACUAGAAGCAUCAAACUGCAGCUAUGAGAGGAAACAUCCUAUUCUUCUCCAUUCAACACAUCAAUUGACUAAACUUUUGUUUCAACGGGAGCACAUAAACAACAUGCACGCUGGUCCACAAUUAUUACUUGCAGCGGUCAGGGAAACAGUAUGGCCUGUUAGUGGAAGACAUCUUGCUAGGCGUACGGUUAAUAAUUGUACUCGAUGUAGGCGCUUGAGAGGUAAAACUUUAGUCCCUAAAAUGGGCAAUCUUCCAGCCCAAAGAGUAAACCCUGACUUUCCCUUUUUGUCUGUUGGCUUAGACUUCGCGGGCCCAUUUCAUAUCCUAAACCGCAAGGGCCGUGGUAGUCGGCUUAUUAAAUGUUACUUGUGCUUAUUUGUUUGCCUCCGCUAUAAAUGUAUUCAUUUAGAAGCGGUGAGCGAUUUGUCAAAAGAUGCUUUUGUAAUGACACUUCGAAGGUUUAUUGCGCGUAGGGGCAAACCAGCAGAAAUAUUGUGCGACAACGGUCGUAACUUUGUAGCAGCCGCAAAGGACGUAGGAACGUUUUUAAAGGAUAGUGCGGAGCCGCUGUCUGAUUUUGCAAGUCAACAAGGAAUAAAGUUUACGUUUAUACCUACUUACGCUCCUCACUUCGGCGGCAUCUGGGAAGCCGGCGUAAAGUCAGCUAAACAUCAUCUCAGACGUGUCAUUGGCAAUAGCCACCUAACUUUCGAAGAAAUUUCUACUUUGUUCGCGCAAGUGGAAGCUAUAUUGAAUAGUCGUCCCUUGUGCCCCUUAUCUUCCUGUCCUAAUGAUUUCCUCUCCCUCUCUCCAGGGCACUUCCUAAUCGGAAGACCGCUGACUGCGCUGCCGUCACCGAGCUUUGAAGAUUGCAAUGAAUCCCGACUGCAACGCUAUAAUCGCCUGCAGAUGAUUCGCCACCACUUUUGGCAAAGAUGGCAGCGAGAAUACCUCUCAGAGCUACAGCAGAGAUUUAAAUGGAAGGCCAAUAUGGAUAAGUUAAGCGUAGGAGACCUGGUUCUACUCCAAGAAGACAACUUACCUCCAUUGAGCUGGCGACUCGGUCGAGUUCUACGUUUAUUCCCGGGACCAGAUGGAGUAUCGAGAGUUGCAGAUGUCAAUACCAUUAAAGGAUGCGUGCGAAGACCUCUGGUUCGUCUGUGCCCAUUGCCAACCACUGAAGAACUUCGGGGUUGAAAGUCGCCUUUCAACGAGGCGGGAAGAUGUUCAGGCGCACACUCCAUUAGCGCCUUGUCAUUAUUUAAGAGCAACGCCACACAAAAACAUCGCGUUACUUUGCAUCAGGAGCAAAAACUGCAUAACGACACAUCUAAUUCGACCGUCAUUGUGAUAGGACAUACGACAAGUAAACUUAUUUCAAUCGCA